CGCAGCGGCACCGGACGAGGGUGCGGCCGCACUCGAGGAAAUCGACGUCGUCCGGAUCGAGCACUCUGGCGGCGCCACCGCCGCGGCGAACGGUGGCGCUGAUGCAGGUUGCCGACCGGUGACGUCGCUGCCCGGGCUACGCAUGGCCGUCGGUGCAGGAGCUGCCGCCGCCGUCGCUGCUGCUUGUCUGUACCCUAAAAAGAGUGCGGUUGCAUCGAUGACGAGCUCCAUGGGCAAGGGUCCAUGAAAACAAAUCCUUAAAACAGUGGAAAGAGUGGAGUCGAAGAUACCCAAGAUUGUGGUGGAGUACCAAAGCUGAGAUCAUGAGCAGGGAGAACAAAAAUAUCCAUGGAUGAAUGGAAAGGAAAAGUGCAGCAAAAGGAGUGGUGGUUGGAGAAUGGCAUUGAUUUAAAGGGAUUAUAAUAGGAGUGUCGGUUAUGGACAGUUGAAAGUGCUACAUGUGUCCAACCUUCCACAGUAUAAUGCUUUGGGAGGUCAAAGGUUGCAACUGAGUCAGCAAUGGCUCCCGACAUCCAUCAGUAUUAGGUUUGAUAACUGCAAGUGCACGAGAACCUGAUCUCAGAAUUCAGAUUUGCUUCUUAUUUUUGUCUCCAAUGUAGCAUCUGGUACCAGUGGAUUGGAUUUGUGCCAGAGCUCAGCAGCCAAAUUCCAAGGAAUUAAGCUGCUGCUACUCUUGUUCUGAGAAGAGGGAGGAAAAUUAUUGUAGUGAGUUGGAGUUUGAAUGUAAUUAUGAUGCUGUGUCACCCCCAAUUCGUGUGCUUCAUGACCCAAUCUCUUUCUUGUACUGAAGCUGAAGCUUUGUGAGAUUACAGAGUCAUAAAUUUUCUGCUACCUGUAAUCCAAGAUGAAAUGUUAAAGGUAGCAUUUUCAACAAAUAGCUCUGCAGAAGGGGAAGAACAGAAUUGAGGAACCAAUUGAUCAUACAAAAAGUUGCCACUUUGGUGAUAUGAAAGGACUAAUUAGCUGAACACCAAACUGUGUUUUGCCUGAGAGGUUCUUUCUUUCAUUUUCUUGUAUGAUCAGAAAAGAAUAUUCUUUGAGUGUCAUGAACUUUAGUAAAUCUGGAAGUGCCAUCCUGGUCUGAUUCAGCAAAAGAUAUGGGAUGAUUAGCCUACUAAUAUUCCUGUUGAAAAGGCAUAGGGCUUCACACACACAAACAUGUGACUCUCAACACAGCAACUCUGCAUACACUGUCCUUUAAGCAAUAUGUCUUCUUCUUUUGUGGGGAGUGGUGAUUUCUCACCAAUUAAAUGUACCUUCAAAACCACAAGAUUUCAAUUCCAUCACCAACUUCCUGUCCAGAGAUGUUAGUUGGAAACCUGCCACUCUCAUUUAACUGUCCUGCUUAAGCCUUCACAGUUAUGUGUCAGUCGAUUGGAAGGUUGAAAAGGCAGGCGAUCAUCUAUUUAUGCCUCCAUCAGCUGCCUCCUCGAGCAAACCAGAGCUUCUGCUUCCUCUCUUCCCUUACUCUUUGUCUCCUCCUUCCAAGUAAGGAGAAUGACUUCUCUUGGUCUGGUUCUGGUUGCCUUUCACUCGGUGUUCUCUGCUGCAUACGGGUAUGGACACGGAGGGGGAUGGUCUGCUGCUCAUGCUACCUUCUAUGGAGGAAGUGAUGCGUCUGGGACAAUGGGUGGAGCUUGCGGCUACGGCAACCUGUACAGCCAGGGCUACGGCACCAAUACCGCAGCCCUGAGCACUGCCCUCUUCGACAACGGGCUCAGCUGCGGCGCCUGCUACGAAAUGAAGUGCGUGAAUGAGCCGCAGUGGUGCCUGCCGGGCUCCAUUUUUGUCACAGCCACCAACUUCUGCCCACCCAACGAUGCCCUCCCCAACAACAACGGCGGCUGGUGCAAUCCUCCCCUGCGGCACUUUGACCUCUCCCAGCCCGUCUUCCUGCGCAUUGCCCGGUACAGGGCUGGCAUUGUGCCCGUCGCUUACAGAAGGGUCCCGUGCAGUAGAAGGGGAGGAAUCAGGUUCACCAUCAAUGGCCACUCCUACUUCAACCUCGUGCUCAUCACCAAUGUGGGAGGAGCCGGAGAUGUGCAUGCUGCGUCCGUCAAGGGGUCCAGCACUGGGUGGCACCCCAUGUCCAGGAACUGGGGCCAGAACUGGCAGAGCAACACCUACCUCGAUGGCCAGGCGUUGUCCUUUAAGGUCACCACAAGCGAUGGCGUGUCUGUGGUCUCCUUCAAUGUGGUUCCUGCAACCUGGUCUUUUGGCCAGACCUUCAGUGGUGGCCAGUUUGCUUGAUUCCUUUUAACCCUCGCAACAGCAUCGGGUUAGUAGGAGCCAGUCGUUGAGUCACCAUGGCUGAGGAGUCAUGGGUUCGGGUAAGAAGAGCUUGUUUUACUUCGGCUCUUCAUAAUAUCAAGUGAUGAGUUCCAUCUUGAGAGGCCUUUGGGCUGGUCAUGAAGGAGAAGAGCGGGAUGGAUGCUGCUCUCCCCUUUUGGGCAGCGGUGGAGUCCUACCACCCGCCCAGUUGCAACUGAGUCAAAAGUCCUUUUUUAUUUCUUCUUCUUCUUCUUCUUCUUCUUUCUUUCUUUGUGUUUACCUUUUGCUGUUUGUGCUCUUAACUCACUGUUGGGAGCUUAAAAAGAGAGUUCCUCCCAGGAAUAAUCACUGCAAGUCUUCCUAUCUGGUAAUGGAGUUCAUAUUAUCUUC